AGCUGUGCCAGCGGUCAAGCCGCUUGUCUAUCUUGGGGGCGGAGUUUGGCUCGUGUCCCUCAGACAAAAGAUGAUGAGUGAGUGAACGGUGCUGUACCGCUUGGAUGAACUAUUACUAAAGUGCGUCAUGGAGUUGUGGAUUAUACCAGUUUGCACUAGUCUGGAUCCCGAGUGAGGACAAUCUUCUAACCCUGUUUUGGUUUCAUCAUGAACAUGCCACAACAGCUGUUGGCUCUGCAUCUAAAACAGAAGACAAAGACAGUUGCUCUAAUGUGUUAAACUUGUUCUGGAGUUGGAGUUAAGCUGGUUUAAAAAGAUUGGGUGAAACCAGAAAUUAUGAAAUUAAUUACUAUAACCCAAGAGGGCCAUAAAGAGAUGGUCACUUGUAUUUUUACAACGAAUGACUUGUAUUUCUGCGCGAGAAGGCGGAACUUUUUGUCUUAUUAACGAUGGCCUUGUUUUGACAAGAGGUAAAGGCCACCUGGGGCCAGGAAGUGGAGACUAAACGUGAACUAUUGUCGGAUGAUUUUGACCUGGUAAUAUAACCAUCACACUCCUGAAUUAAAAAUGGGGCUGUUCAUCGACCCUUUUGACAACUUGGUGUGUAUUCUGCUGGGAAUCUCCUUCACUGUGUGGUUCACCCUACUGCUGGUCUUCAUUAUUGUGCCUGCCAUCUUUGGGGUGUCAUUUGGCAUCCGGCGUCUUUACAUGAAAUCUCUUUUGAAGAUCUUUGAGUGGGCUACACUUCGGAUAGAGCGAGGUGCAAAAGAAAAGAAUCAACAGUUAUAUAAACCGUACUCCAAUGCUAUCAUUGCAAAGGAGCCUACCUCCUUGGAGGAAGAGAUCAAAGAGAUUCGACGUAGUGGCAGUAACAGAGACCUGACCUCUGCACCUGAGUUUGAAAUGUCAGACAUCUUCUAUUUUGCUCGGCGGGGAGUGGAGAGUAUCAUGGACGAUGAAGUGACCAAGCGAUUCUCUGCUGAGGAGCUGGAAUCCUGGAAUCUGUUGACACGCAGCAACUAUAACUUCCACUAUAUCAGCUUGAGGUUGACUGUAUUGUGGGGACUGGGCCUUCUGAUUCGCUAUGGCAUCCUGCUCCCUCUCAGGGUAACUCUUGCCUUCACUGGUGUCGGUCUCCUUGUAUUCCUCACUUCUCUUAUUGGGCUUCUGCCAAAUGGAAAGAUGAAAAACCUGCUGAGUGAGAAGGUCCAUUUGAUGUGCUACAGAAUAUGUGUCAGAGCUCUCACUGCCAUUAUUACCUACCAUGACAGUGAGAAUAAACCCAAGAACGGAGGAAUUUGUGUUGCCAAUCACACUUCACCCAUCGAUGUCAUCAUCCUGGCCAGUGAUGGCUGCUAUGCAAUGGUUGGCCAAAUUCAUGGUGGCUUGAUGGGUAUUAUUCAGAGAUCCAUGGUUAAGGCUUGCCCACACAUUUGGUUUGAGCGGUCAGAAGUCAAAGAUCGACAUCUAGUGGCCAAAAGAUUGAGUGACCAUGUGCAAGAUAAGAAGAAACUUCCCAUUCUCAUUUUCCCAGAAGGUACCUGCAUUAACAACACAUCAGUGAUGAUGUUUAAGAAGGGGAGUUUUGAGGUUGGUGGAACAGUCUACCCUGUGGCCAUUAAGUAUGAUCCCCGAUUUGGAGAUGCCUUUUGGAACAGCAGCAAGUUUGGAAUGGUCACCUACCUGUUACGGAUGAUGAGUAGUUGGGCCAUUGUCUGCAGUGUGUGGUACCUUCCUCCCAUGAGUAGAGAGGAAGGUGAAGAUGCUGUACACUUCGCCAAUCGUGUAAAGGCAGCAAUAGCCAGGCAAGGUGGACUGGUUGACCUCCUGUGGGAUGGAGGAUUAAAGCGAGCAAAGGUAAAAGAUUCUUUUAAAGAAGAGCAGCAGAAGCUCUACAGCAAAAUGCUCGUGGGCACCCAAGAAGACCGCAGCCGCUCCUGAGGAACCAGUAUGGUGGUGGACUCAGUCAGAGACCCACUUUGGCACCACUGGACUAAACAGACAAAAAGGGGUACUUCCUCUCUGUUAGAGCUUCUGGACUGAAACAAAUCCCUCUCUGGUAUCCACCGUAUUCCUUUUGGCAUUCUUGGUCACUGCCUCAGCCUGGCAUGUUAGUUAUUGCAGUUGAUGGUCACUGUGAGUCUCCCACUCUUUGUUGGAAUCUCUUGACCAGAGUCUUUGCUUGUAAUAGGGUAUAAAUGAGGUGCACACUGAAAUGAAGUGUUGUCUUCCUUUGUGAAAGUUUCAGAUUUAAACAAAUUAUUUUAGUUAUCUUCAGUCAUUAUUUCAAACUGCUUUUCUUUUUAAUUUCAUGUUUGUGUUACUUGUAAUGUUUCAGACUUGAGAUCAAGCAGAGUUAUUGUAGAAAAGAUGGUUGAAUAAUGGGUUGGGCCUGACAACGUUUAAAUGGCCUGUUACGUUUAAAUUUUUUAUGAGCUUUUUUGUUUUUCAAAGGGAGGAACAAAAAAUCUUUGUAUUUUAAGCUUGUUUGCUAUGUUGUCUGUUUGUCACUUCCAUGGAAUGUGUAUCUUCACAUUAUGAAAUGGAAAAUGUCAACCUAAAGUUACUUGGGCUAAUAUUUGAAUUCAGGAUACUUUUGUCUGAGCAAAUAUAAAGACUCCUAAUUUGACUAUCUAUCUGUACACAUUUUGCUUUGUCACCUUGAUGCUUGUGGUGCACAUGUAUAAAAGCAGGAUGAAAUUCUCCUGAAUAUAACACACUACAAAUCACACAGCUGAAAAAUAAAAUAGUUUGGUUGAUACAUUUAUCCAGAGUAAUUUGCAGUCUU